UAAUCAAUUUCUUAAUUAUAUUUUAUGUCACAGGUUAUCUGGGAUACACUAGGAAACAAGCAGUUUUGUUCCUUCAAAAUAAGAACCAAGACUCAAGGCUUUUGCAGAAAUGAAUAUAGCCUGACUGGACUGUGUAAUCGGUCAUCCUGUCCCCUGGCAAAUAGUCAGUAUGCUACCAUCAAAGAAGAGAAAGGACAGUGCUAUUUGUAUAUGAAAGUUAUAGAACGAGCAGCUUUUCCUAGGCGUCUCUGGGAACGGGUCCGGCUUAGUAAAAACUAUGAGAAAGCACUGGAACAAAUAGAUGAAAAUCUAAUUUACUGGCCUCGUUUCAUUCGACACAAAUGUAAGCAGAGAUUUACCAAGAUAACUCAGUACCUAAUACGCAUUAGAAAGCUUACACUAAAGCGACAGAAAAAACUUGUUCCUUUGAGUAAGAAGGUGGAACGAAGGGAAAAAAGAAGAGAGGAAAAAGCAUUAAUUGCUGCUCAGCUGGACAAUGCCAUUGAGAAGGAAUUGCUAGAGAGACUGAAACAAGAUACGUAUGGCGACAUCUACAACUUCCCUAUUCAUGCCUUCGACAAGGCUCUGGAACAGCAGGAGGCAGAGAGUGACUCUUCAGAUGUUGAGGAGAAAGAUGAUGAGGAAGAGGAGGAAGAAGAUAUGGGAAAAAAGGAAUUUGUAGAAGAUGAUGAGGUAGAUGAGAGUGACCUAAGUGAUUUUGAGGAUAUGGAUAAACUGGACACCAGUGGUGAUGAAGACAAGGAUGAUGAAUCCUCCAGUGAAGAGGAGGAAGAAAAGGUCAUCAGUGUGAAACACAAAGGCAAAGAGCCCUUGAAAGGACCAUUGCAGAGAAAACGAGCCUAUGUGGAAAUAGAGUAUGAACAGGAGACAGAGCCCAUGGCUAAGGCCAAAGCCACGUGAUUGCCUUCCAUUACAAUCGGGAAUGAACAUUAUGAACUUCCUUAAAACUUCUUCUAAAGCAUAUCUCCCCCUCCAGUUUUUGCUCUUUGAGUUGUAGUUCACACAGUAUUUGUGUUUUAAUUUUAUGUCACUUUAGAGGAGCAAGAAGUCUGGAGUGAGUGGAGAAAGCCUUAAGUUGUAAAAAAUAUAUAUAUAUAUAUAUAUUUUUUUAAUAACAUGUUUUUAGUAAAAGCUUGAAGCCAAGAAGCUUAACAGAUCUGUUCCUGAAGCUGGAAUGAAAUUGUGGGUGCAAAUAUUUCUAGACUUUGAGAAGCAAAUUCCUUGAUAAUCUUUUUCUAUUCUCCUCCCCUACUGUAUAUAGAAAUGGCAACUUCCCAGUUUUUAUUUUGUUUUCUUUCCCUACUUCCAUGAGGGUAAAAGGAAAAGAAUAAAGGAAAAC